UUGGAUGCUCCCCUCCGAAAGCCAGCGUGGAGCCCGGGCUCCGGCUUCCAGGCAGGACCCGGGACCUCCCACCUUCCGCGGGGAUUGGAGCCCGGCUCAAUUCCGAACGGAGACCCAGGAAUCUCCGCCCCCGCUUGCCAAGCUCCUGCCCCAACGCCUCUUUCACCUUCUAGAUAGCCGCUGGCUCCCUCCCCCAGACCAACUCCUUCCUACUCUGGUCUGGAGCCCCAUGCCCUCCCUCUCAGCCUGGACCACCCAGACCUGCCAUCUCCGAUCUGCAACCCGCUGGCAGAGGGGAAACUGGUUCCCUUCGCCUCCAUCCCUCUCCUUCCCCCCAUCCAAAUACGCUUCCUCAGCCCUGCUUUUUUGGCCCGGAGCCAGAAUUCCUCGUUAUCUCCUCAGUAUGACCUUGCACAAGUCAUUUUCCUUCUGAGAUCCUAAUUCCCUUGUUUUUAAAGUGAGGAGGUUGGGCUGGAUAAUCUCAUAGCUCUAAAUCACAUUUUUGUGCUUGCAUGAUUCCAAACCCUAUUUCCCAAGAUGAUCAGGACACAGUAAGUGGUGCAAAGUCUGAGCUACAUCUUCCUCCUCUUCCUGCACCCAGCCUCAGUCCUACAGAGCACAUUUCUUCCUUUCUUCCUCCCCGCCCCCCCAAUUAAUGCCUACCAGGACAGAAUGGAGGUGGGGGGGGGCGUCUCCAGUCUGCAGAAGCCUUAACCUGAGGGAGUAAAAACUCAUUGAAACACAUGUUGACCUGGCAGCCUUCUGGAAAGGAGUUAUGGGAGAGGAGGGGAUCACACUUAUUCUCGAAGGCAGGCCCCCAGUGUUCCAGAGAGUAUACAUCUGACUGGGUCCUUUUUUGGGAAGAGAAAAGAUAUUUUAGGGGUUCAGUAAGUAAUUGGGGAAGAAAAAGCGGACAAAAAAAGAAGAUGGAGAAUGUGAGCCAGAGAGUAGGGAUGGGUCAUUUUUAACUAGAAAGGAACUUGUGGUGCCGGGAUCAUCAGUGGAAAGUAUGUCAAGACUUCCACUUUAACUGGGCUUUUUGGGGAUGUGGGUAGAGAUGUGGUGAUGGCCUUAAGUCUACUUGUGUCUGUAAAGAAAAAUUGGUGGAAAACUUGUAGAGAAAAAGAAAGUUACGUGGAAAGGGUUAAAAAGACAGACACAAGGAUGAGAGACGGACAAAAAAGAAUUAUAGUGAAAAGGAUGAGAGAGAAACAGACAGACACAAGGAGCUAGACAAAAAGAAAUACAGUGAGAAGGAUAAGAGAGAGAGAUGGACAAAAAAAGAUAGGAGAAAGGAUGAGGAUGGGGGGAGAUGAACAAAAAAGAACUAUAGUGAAAAGGAUGAAAGAGAGACAGACAGACAUAAGGGGAUGGAUAAAAAAAAUACAGUGAAAAGGAUGAGAGAGGGAGGGAGGGAGAGACAAAGAAUGACAGCAGUAAACAUAGAGAUGCAAUGAAAUAGAGAUCAGCAAUAGUAAAAUCAAAAGGGAAUGGGUACAGAGAGUUCAUACCUAAGAACAUGUUGAGUUCACCUGAGUGUGGGUAUGUUCCCUCGCACUCAGGGAGGGGGUGUUGUGGCUGACAUCGUUUCCCUGCCCAUUCCCUCAGAGCAGCGCACACAGGCACUCAUCCGAAGUCACCAGCCCCCACCACAGCGCAGGGGGUGGUCCCUAGCUCUGGAGUUGCCCCUUCAGGAUGGGGAGCCUCAUCGGAGGAGCUGCUUUCCUAGGAAAGGAUUUACAGCAGGCCCCAAAAAAAGGGGAUUUAAAAAUAAACAGAGAGGCAGGAGCUGUGAGAAUCUGAGUCAUACACAUCUGAUCUGAAGCCUAGCACUUACCACAGCUUCCCAAGGAAAACUUAGUAAGUUAAAAGGGGCAAGGGGGGAGAACCCCACCAGCCACGGGUAAAAUAGUCAUGGAAGGAUGGAAUGGCUGGCAGACCCUCAGAGUCAGGGAGCCAGGAGGAAGAGAAGUGCCACUUCCUGUACAGGUCCCUCUGAAUGGCACAAGUUAUACCCCAUCGCCCAAGGGGACCGCCAGUCUCCCAUCAACAUUGUCUCCAGUCAAGCUGUCUAUGACCCUACUUUAAAGCCCCUGGUCCUGGCCUAUGAGUCCUGCAUGUCGCUAAGCAUCUCCAACAAUGGACAUUCUGUCAUGGUGGAGUUUGAUGAUGAGGAUGACAGGACAGUGGUUCAUGGGGGACCCCUGGAUGGGCCCUACCGGCUGAAGCAGUUCCAUUUUCACUGGGGGAAAAAACACAGCUUAGGUUCAGAACAUACAGUGGAUGGGAAGUCCUUCUCCAGUGAGCUCCAUUUGGUCCACUGGAAUGGAAAAAAAUACAAGACUUUUGCAGAAGCAGCUGCAGCCCCAGAUGGUCUGGCCGUGGUCGGCAUCUUCCUGGAGACUGGAGAUGAGCACGCCAGCAUGAACCGGUUGACUGAUGCACUCUACAUGGUCAGAUUCAAAGGAACCAAAGCCCAGUUCAACAGCUUCAAUCCCAAAUGCCUCCUACCCAGGAACCUCCACUAUUGGACUUACCCGGGGUCUCUGACCACACCACCCCUGAGUGAGAGUGUGACCUGGAUAGUACUCAAGGAACCCAUCACAAUUUCAGAAAAACAGAUGGAAAAAUUCCGGAGCCUCCUUUUCACUGCAGAGGAUGAUGUGAAGGUCCACAUGGUGAACAAUUUCCGACCCCCUCAGCCAUUGAAAGGAAGAGUAGUUCAGGCCUCUUUCCAGUCCUGAAAGGGCUCGUGCUGUCAGAGGCAAUAGCAAUGAUGUCCAAAGUGCUUCCAUAUCAGCUAAGACCAAACCAGGUGUAUGGCCCCUUGGUCACAGACUGACUAAUCAGAGCCAUUUGGGGGUUAGGGGACAGAGUAGAAGAAGAAAUGGUCAUUUUGGCUGCAUUAUAAGUUCCCUCUAGUCCAUUUCUAAUUUACUUUGGGAGUCUUUCUUACCAAAGGAAUCACCUGAUUUAAUUGCUAAGAAUCCCCCUGACCCCACCACUCUGCUAUCCUAUGGUCCUUCAAUAGCUUUGAUAUUGGAAUGACUGUUGGAGUUUGACCUGCCUGCCUCAUUCUAGGUGGGCAGUUCCCUCUUUGUCCUAUCUACAAUGCAAACUCCUUUCCUUGGAAAAAAUCAUUUUGCUCUUCCCUUCCACCAGCCCUGGCCCCUUUUGAACCCUCUACUGUGACAGGGCCCUGUGCUUCAAGGCCAUGGGCAGCUGUUGGCAAGACAAAAGCAAUAAUUAUAGCAGGUGGGAGAUUUCUUACCAGUGUUACUUACCUCAAAUGCUGAAACUAAGCACUGGAAAUGGAACUGUAGAAGGCUGUAGGCUAUUUUUUAUGUUUUGUUUUGAUUUGUUUUUGUUUUGUUUUGUUUUUUGUCAUUCCACUGCCAACCAUUAAAAACAUGGAUGUGA